GCCCACUCGAGGCUGGCUCAGCUGUGCCCACGGACCGGACAUGUACGCGGGUCGCAAGCGGAGGAAGCCGGUGCCGCGGGCGGUGCAGCCAGCGCCGGCCGAAGGCGGCAGCUCCAACCCCUCCAAGCGGCACCGGGAGCGGCUGAACCGGGAGCUGGAGCGGCUGGCGGGGCUCCUGCCCUUCCCCCGGGAGGUGGUGGCCGGGCUGGACAAGCUGUCGGUCCUGCGCCUCAGCGCCGGCUACCUCCGUGCCAAGACCUUCUUCAGUGUUGCUCUACAGAAUCCUGGUGCCAAAGAAGCAGAGAGUGAUGGAGACUGCAGCAACAGACCAGCUCUGGGUUUGGCAUCUGUGCCAGAGGGUGAGCUGCUCCUACAGGCGCUCAAUGGCUUCUUGCUGGUGGUGACUUCAGAAGGAUUGAUAUUCUACUCCUCGCAUACAAUUCAGGACUAUCUGGGAUUUCACCAGACAGAUGUCAUGCACCAGAGUGUCUUUGAGCUGAUCCAUGCAGAGGACCAACAGGAAUUCAGACGCAAUCUCCACUGGGCCCUCAACCCACCCCAUGCUCCUGAGGAUGAGCCUUCUCCAGAAGGAGGGAAGAGUCGUGGCUCUUCUGCUGUCACCUACAAGCCAGACCAGCUGCCCCCUGAAAAGUCCUCCUUUCUGGAAAGGAGCUUCGUGUGCCGGUUUCGUUGCCUCCUGGAUAAUUCAUCUGGCUUCCUAGCGUUAAACCUUCAAGGCAGGCUGAAAUUCCUUCACAGACAGAACAAGAGGCCUGAAGAUGGGUCUCCACUGACACCCCAGCUCGCUCUCUUUGCUAUCUCCACCCCCUUGCAGCCUCCAUCCAUCCUGCAGAUCCGAACCAAGAACAUGAUCUUCAGGACAAAGCACAAAUUGGACUUCACCCCCUUGGCAUGUGAUGCCAAGGGGAAGAUCGUUUUGGGCUACACCGAGGCGGAGCUGCGGAUGUGUGGCACCGGUUACCAGUUUGUCCACGCUGCUGACAUGCUGUACUGUGCUGAGAACCAUGUCAGGAUGAUGAGGACGGGUGAGAGUGGUCUGACAGUCUUUCGCCUGCUGACGAAGCAGAACCGCUGGAGGUGGGUGCAGGCCAACGCGCGGCUCGUCUACAGGAGCGGCAAACCUGAGUACAUCGUGGUCACGCAGAGACCCCUUGUAGAUGAAGAAGGAGGAGAGCACCUCCAGAAACGGUCCAUGCAUCUUCCCUUUACCUUUGCUACAGGAGAGGCACUCUUAUACCAAAGUGCUUACCCUCUCCCAAGCUUCCCUGACCCUUCUCAGAGCAAAGGGAAAACCAACAGGGCCAGGAAGGCCUCCCACAGGCAUGGAGGAUGCUCCCAGAAAGAUGGCAUUGACCCCAGUUCUCUGCUGGGUGCCAUGAUGCAACAGGACACAGCAGCGUAUGUCUCCCAUCCAGCUCCCACACCUAACAGCUCCUUCAGCAGCAGUUUUGUGGACCACGUGGAGGAUGUGUCCUUGCUGGAUGCAGGAAGGGAUGCUCAGAGUAUGGACACUGUUCCAGCUUCUUCAAAGAGAGACAGCCUCAAAGACAAACUUGUGGGUUUGCAGCAGGACAGCUCUGUCUUGGCCACUCUGGACUCACUCUCAAUUAAAAGUGACAUGAGCUGUUCUAACAACAAGCUCUUCAGUGAGCUGGAGGGAUUGGGGCUGAAUGCUGAGGGCCUGGACCUCCUGCUGCUGGAUGAGAAAAUGGUGAUGGUCAAUACAGACCCUGAGCACACACCAACCCUGAGCGACGGCCUCACCAGCAAUAAGGUUCUCUCCCACAUCCACACCACUCUGGUGAACAACUACAACGGAGGACAACAGGUCUGUCCUCUGCCAGGCACGUCCCCAAGCCCACACGGAGGGACUGCAACAUACCAGGGCCAUGUGGAGGACCUGCCCCAGCCUGGGGUACAGCCCAGCACUGCCCCAAGCCAAACCCCUGCUCCGUGCUGGGAGCAGCUGCUGCCAGGGCAGGCUGAGGAGGAAGAAGCAGCUGAUGGCUUGCAGUGGAGGUCGCCUGGGGGAGAAGCUCUGCUCUGCUUCCUCCAGAAGGCACAAGGCACCUCAUGGGACAGGGUACCCACUUCACCUCUGGGAAGCCACCAGGAGAUGCUUGGGGCUCAGCAGCUGGAGAGUGACCUUAUGAUGAUGCAUCCCAGCCAAGAAGAUCCUCUCCAGUCGUUCUCCCUGCCCAGCCCAUGGCAGGGCUGUGUGGGACCACCCAGCCAGCUGAAACACUGUCACUUGCCAAACAAUGGGUUGUGCAUCCACAGCCCUGGCUCUGAUCCACAGCUCCUGCCUGGCAGCAGCCCCGGCCCCUGGCAGGGCUGUGUCUCCCAGCUCCUAGGCUCCCCAUCUCAGCCUGGUUCUUCUGGCAGCAGCCAAGACUUCAUCUCCCAGCACCAGGGCUGUUUGGACACAAGGCCUGGGGAACCCAUGGCACACUUCAGCCUGAAUGGAUUAUGCAGCAUGGAAACUGCCAGCAGUGAGAGGUCCAAGGAAGAGAUGUCUCCAUACUCCAGUUUUUUCCCCCGUUCCUCAUACCAGCUUAUUCCCAAGAAGCAUCCCAGCCCUGUUCUCUCCAUGGCCCAGCACCCUUUCCCAAGCUCAUCUGCAGAGUGCUUUGGGAGCAUCAGCAGCCUGUUGGACACUCCAGUGAGCUCCUAUGGGACAUAUGUGCUGAGCCAGGAGAGCAGGCACAGGCCUGGAAGUGGCUGUGUUCUGCCCAACGUUCCCAUGAGACCCCCUGGAGACCUCCCAGUGCUGGGGGGGAGCCCAGUUCCCCCUCACCAUCUGCAUCCUCAGACAGAAGCAGUGCCAGGUCACCCUCAUGCCUCCAGCAGUGACUUCUGCCUCUAGGAGCCAAAGUCUGGAGCAGACUGUUCCCUGGGGAAGGAGCUGCCUUCAUGAUGCAGAAAACAAACCUUUCCCUUUCCAUGUGUCCUGCCAUUGCUCUUGAUGCUGGUUGCUUUGGCUCAGUGGUUUUUUGUUUGUUUAUUUGUUUUUUAAUAUAAUUUUACCAACUUCCCACCAUCCUGCCCCAUCUGAGACUCCAUGUGCUGGUCCUGGGGAUGUGUUCCAGGCUUGGGGAGGGGAGUGGGGCUGGAGGGCAUGACAGAGAGCUGGGCCAGGAGGUGGAUCAAACAAUGCAAGCAGCCUCAUCUUUUCCUUGUGGUGUCCCAAAGUUGUGUCUUGGCCAGUUGGAGGAUCUCAGAUCGCAUUUUCCUUUGCUGUGUCUCAUCCUAACUACCC